ACAAAACCCACUUCGGACCGUUCAGACGCUCCAGAGCCGUGUUUCUUAUCGCCAAAACCCACUUCGGACAGUUCAGACGCUCCAGAGCCGUGUUUCUUAUCGCCAAAACCCGCUUCGGACCGUUCAGACGCUCCAGAGCCGUGUUUCUUAUCGCCAAAACCCACUUCGGACAGUUCAGACGCUCCAGAGCCGUGUUUCUUAUCGCCAAAACCCACUUCGGACAGUUCAGACGCUCCAGAGCCGUGUUUCUUAUCCACUUCGGACAAGGAGGCCUUUCAAAUAACAGCGGACUGGACAGCUUCUCAAAAUCGGACGACAUCGGAGGAUAGUACAUAGCUGCUUCUGACAUCAUCUUCCCGCCGUGGCCGGCUCCUCUCACAGUCGACUUAGGCGGAUUUCGAUUGAACCUUGCCUUGCAGGCCGGCAAUCGAUUUGGCGCAUCGUUUCCGAUGACGAUUUCAUGUAGAUUGGAAAACGAUCUUUCGAUUCCAUGAUCGGAAAUUAUUUCGAGUCCACGAUCCACAUUGGUUUGAAGAAAUUGAUUGGCCCGAUCACUUUCUUUUAACAGAAACUGUUUAGGAGAACAGUUUCUAUCAGAAUCCAACACUGCGUCGGACGGGCGCCGAGUUUUUGAGGCCGAUAACGGACGAGGCCGAGUUUUUCUGCACAUCAUCUUCCCGCCGUGGCCGGCUCCUCUCACAGUCGACUUCGGCAGAUUUCGAUCGAAAUCGAAAUCGAAAUCGAACGGUAAUCCAUGGAAAAAAAUAAUUCCUUCAAAACCAGUUUCUUUUACCAAAUCAGUAUCCGACACUGCUUCAUCAUGCCGCACACACAAAUCGAACAGCCGCUUCAGAAGGUCGGACGGCGGCCGAGCAGUGUACACAGUUUCUCCAAACAAGCCAGGUCUUGUAAUCCCCAUCAGGAGACCGGACCGCGGCCAAGCAGUGUACACCCAAAGAAAAGUUUCACGUAUCAUGGCUAUGGCUAUGAUAUAAUCUGUACCAUCAAGCAGGUCUAGAGCAUCGGACAGCUGCUUAUCCUUCAAAUCAGACACCUGCUUCUUCACAUCGGACAUCCGCUUCUCAAGAUAGGACAGCGACGGAAGAGUGCAAUCGGAAUCGGACAGCGACGGAAGAGUGCAAAAUCCGACCAGCAGCAGCUUCUUAACAUCGAGCAGCAGCUUCUUACCCUCGAGCAGCUCCUCCUCACUCAUGCGCAGCAGCAGCUUCUUAACAUCGAGCAGCAGCUUCUUACCCUCGAGCAGCAGCUUCUUACCCUCGAGCAGCUCCUCCUCACUCAUGCGCAGGUACAGCUUCUUACCCUCGAGCAGCUCCUCCUCACUCAUGCGCAGGUACUCGUACGUAAUUCUCAUUUGAAAAUGGUAAGACGUCUUCUUCAUCAGCGUGUCAACAUCGCCCAGCCGAUUGUCAACAUCGCGCAGCAAAUUCGGAAAAUCGGAUGGCGGCCGAGCAGUGGACACAGUUUCUUCAAACCGUGCUUUGCCUAUCAUGGCUUCAGUAUACAACUCUUUAAGCAGGUCAACCAGAUGAACCUUGCCUUGCAGGCCGGCAGUCGAUUUGGCACAACGGUAAGCCCAAUGCUGAAUUUUGUUUUGGCUUCAAGAUACGGUGCAACGACGCAACCAUUCACAGUUUCAUCACGGGUGUUCGCCCUCGUCCCAGUGCCUCGAUCGUCACCCCAAAGCACUAUUCUCCUUCUCUCUCUGACUCUACAGCAGUUCAGCUGAUUAUACAAUUAUUCACGAGUGCGCCUUGGUCCUCUCAUCAGAAUUGAACUAGUACGAAGGAUAUCAUGGAAAGCAUGGAAUCGCAGAUAUUUCAGAUGUGAAGAAGUACUCUGCGUUGUGCAAAUCUCAAUGUGCAACUGGACUGGGAGAAUGCAAUUCUAGAUGCAUUAAGACCAUGGGAAGACACACCCUACGAUGGGUAGCGCGUAGCUGAUCUCACUGAUCGACCGGAUUUCCAGCGGAAGUUUGCCUGAUAGUUUGGAGCACUGCUCGCCUUCUUCGUGUACUUUCUCGCCUUCUUGGGUUACUCCUCCAAGGACUUCUACAUUGCACUUCCGCCUGGAAAUCCGUUUUGUCCGGAAUAUAUCGACUCCAAGGACUUCUACAUUGCACUUCCGCCUGGAAAUCCGUUUUGUCCGGAAUAUAUCGACUCCAAGGACUUCUACAGUGCACUUCCGCCUGGAAAUCCGUUUUGUCCGGACUAUAUCGAAUCCACGUGUAUUUCCUCGCCUUCUUGGGUUAUUCUUCCAAUGACUUCUGCAUUGCAAUUAGUAGACAUUUUGCAGUACCGGCAGUGUGGUAGAGGUUAUGGAAUUGUCUCCACCUGGCCUACUGAGGCCUACGAAAACCUGGUUUUCUUCUACAACACUUCAUGCUAGAACAACCCCGACGGUAUGCCCAUCCGUAAAGAACUCACGUCAUUUAUUAUUGUGAUUUGGAAUAAAAAGUAAAAGAGUUGACCGGCGGCGAGGUUGUAUUUCUAGCUCCUGAAUGGAUUAGGUUUACAGUCACGGCAUGUCUUUUCAAAAUCAAAAAACAUGCGGGCACUCUGGUCCUAUGCCCAUCUGACCGUGAAGAACUCACCCGCAGAUCACGCACAAUCUAGAAGCCGUCGGAUGG